AAAGCAUUUCCUCUUUCCCAAAUGCAUCACACAGCAGAGCAACGACCGCGACUCUUCGCACAAAUUAUCGAUAAGAUCGGCUGCGGGAUGUCCCAGAAAGCACAAACCGUCCACAUCCGCGCAGUGAACAACACCGGGACGUCGCGCAAAUAAGAGGGGGGAAAAAGUUCAUUUUGGAUCCAGCAGCCAAAGUUUGACGUAAUUCUCCCCCGGACACCAGGAAUAGUCUGGAGUGUCAUCAUGGAAGUAUUUCCUAAGGAAAAACAAGAGAUUCUCUCUCUCUCUCUGAACUUGAAGGUAAUCUGAGAAUGUGAAAGCUGGGGGAAAAACCUUUUUCAGACUGUUUUCUCUGAGGUUUUUUCCAGAUGUCCAUCUCCUGAUGCAGGCAGCGGCUGCUUUCUGAAAGAAGCGAAUUUCAUUUCAUCACGUCUGCUGGAGUUUUAACAGCUGGAUCGUCCCAUAGAUACAUAAAACACACACAUCCUGUGUCUCCAAGGAGCUUUACUUUUGAUUUUUAAACCUUCAUGCUGGAUAUAAAGACUCGGCAGCGUUUCGAGGACGUGCAUGGACGCGUAGGAGACGAAAUGAAGAAGCAGUUUUAGUACAGAAGAGUCGGGGGUUAUGAUGGUAAUGUUGUUUGGGUGAAGUCGUCGGAAACUCACAAGGGAAGCCCAAUGAGUGGCACACAGUCAACACUCGCUGACAAGACUCCGAGCAUUCUCAACAGGGAGCCCACAGACUGGAAGCCAAAGAAUGAGAAACCCUCUCCUUCCCUCAAAAAUGAGUUCGACCCUACAGGUCUGGUCCAGCGCUGUGUGAUAAUCCAGAGAGAUGAAAAUGGCUUUGGGCUGACAGUAAGUGGAGACAACCCUGUGUUUGUGCAGCUGGUCAAAGAAGAUGGAGCUGCAAUGCGAGCUGGUGUGCAGACAGGAGAUAGGAUCAUUAAGGUUAACGGGACCUUAGUUACACAUUCAAACCACCUAGAGGUUGUAAAGUUGAUAAAAUCGGGCUCCUAUGUAGCCCUGACAGUGCUGGGGAGGCCUCCAGGGCUUCCUCAGAUCCCCCUGGAAGAGGAGAAGGAAGGGAAUGAGGAAGGAGGAGACACUCUCUCAGCACCCCACUCACCUGCACUGUCAGCUGGGGAGCAAGGCAGCUUCUUGACCAGCAGCACACCCUGUAGCCCUCAGGACAACACCACAUCCUCCUCUCUGUCUGAUGGGGAAGGAGCCACGGCUUCCUGGAAUGGUGAGAUUGAGGAUGGAGACGGUGGGUCUCCUCUGAAGGAACAGACCUCACCCACACCGUGUGACAAUGGCCCCCUGAUCAAUAACAACUCAGUUCACAGCAGCCCCCUCUUUGACACUGUGGGCUACAGAGGAACUCCCUGUCAGAGCCCAGACAUUAGUCCGAGGGAUGGCCUCAACAUCUGCACAUCGCCAGAGGCUGAGGAUGCCGCUGACACACACCCCAAUACCCAGUGCAGUGCGGGUAGCCCUCCUUACCUCGUAAACCCCCAGAUUAUUGGAGCAGAAGACGACUACUUUGAAUCCUCACAAGAACAGAUCAAUGGCGAGUGUACCUGUUUCCAGAGUAUUGAGUCGCUGAAGUCUCGGCCGGCACACCUCGCAGUCUUCCUCCACCAUGUGGUCUCACAGUUUGACCCUGCACCUCUGCUGUGUUACCUCUACGCUGAUAUGUACAAGCAAACCAACUCCAAAGAAAGUCGACGCUUCUUUAUUGAAUUACACACGCUAUUCAUGGAUCGAACUGCAAAUCUUAAAGUGCCGGUGCCAGAGACCGUUUCUGCUGAGCUAGAGAAGCGAAGGCUGGACUUGAUCCCAGACAGCCUGUGUAAACAGUACAUUCAGACGUUACAGGACGCGCUGUUACCAGACCUGCACAAGAACCUGGAAGACUUCAGACAGAAGCGCAGCAUGGGUCUGACGCUGGCCGAAGACGAGCUCUGUAAGUUGUACUCUGAGCCAGGAAGAGACCAGCAGGCCUUGGAGAAGGAAUGCUCCUGUGCUGAACACAUCCUCUUCAAGAUAGAGGAUAUCCUGUUGACAUCACAGAGCUCAGAAGAGGAGAAGUGGCAAACAAUGCAGUAUGUGAUUCUCACCUACAUGAAGCACCUCGGAGUGAAAGUGAAGGAGCAUCGAGGCCUCGAACAUAAACGUGCUCGCAUCAAUUUCCUCCCCAGGAUUAAGUUUCCCAACAUCCGCCCCCCUCGGCGUCCGAGCAGAGUGGACCCCACCCCAGUCGUGAAAGCUGUGGACCAGAUCAAGCAGCGUCCGCCAAAGCUUCCUCAGUCGCCACUUGGCAUCUCUGAACCAUCAGACCAGUCCGCCACAAGCCCUGGACGGAUCCGCGAUGGAUCAGAUACCCAAUUAUUGCCUGCCACCACCCUCCCUACACACAGCUCCCCCACUACUCAGGUCUCAGAAGCAGGCGGACAAGAGUCAGAAUCCAAUGUCUCUCCGUUCUGCAUCCAGCCCAGACCAGGCGACAGUGUGCAGUCUGCUGACAACCACGACGGCAUCUCCGGUCCAACCGGCACUCAGUUCGACUUCAGCCCCUCCACAGUGGAGCAGCGGGAUGAAGAUCAGGAGGCCUUCAGGAUGGAGGUACAGGGUGACAUCCAGAGUGAAGAUGACCAAGGCGGAGAUGCUGAGUGUGAAGAAGAUCCUCUCAUCUGGCAGGGACUGGUCCCUCGAGGCGUCCUGAUGAGCUUAACGCAACAAGAGAUCAACCGGCAGGAAGUCAUCAAUGAGCUGUUCUACACUGAGCGUGCCCACUUGAGGAUGCUGAAGGUGCUGGACUGUGUUUUCUGCCAGAGGCUGAACAGGGACGGCAUCCUUCCACCAGAAGACAUAAAGCACAUCUUUAUCAACCUGGAGGAAAUCAUUCAGCUUCAUGUCUCUAUAACAGAACAAAUGACUGCAAUCAGGAAGAGGAACGAGACGUCAGUGAUCGGUCAGAUCGGAGAUGAUCUCCUGGGAUGGUUCAGUGGGGAGGAAGAGCAAAAGUUAAAGAGAGCAGUGGCAACCUUCUGCAGUAACCAGCCAUCUGCACUGGAGCUCAUCAAGACGAGGCAGAAGAAGGACCAGAAAUUCAACCUGUUCAUGCAGGAAGCUCAAAGAAACCGUUUGUGUCGCAGGCUGCAGCUCAAAGACAUCAUCCCUGUAGAAAUGCAGAGAGUGACCAAAUACCCGCUCCUGCUGGAUAACAUUGCCAAGUACACAGAGGACAUUGAGGAAAGGAAAAAGGUGAAGAGAGCUGGAGACUGUUGUAAAAAGAUCCUCAACCAUGUCAACCAAGCUUUGAAAGAGGCUGAAAACAAACAGCGGCUCGAGGAGUAUCAGAGAAGGUUAGACUUCUCGUCUCUGAAACAGAGUGAAAACCCUGUCAUCCUGGAGCUGAAGAAUCUGGACCUCACUAAGAGGAAGAUGGUUCAUGAGGGUCCUCUCUCCUGGAAAGUCAAUAAGGAAAAGACAAUUGAGCUGUACACACUCCUCCUGGAGGACAUCAUGGUCUUGCUGCAGAAACAGGAUGAGCGCCUGGUCCUAAAGUUUCAUGGCAAAAACAUGGCCAGUGUCGUCGACACCAAGCACACCUUCAGCCCCAUCAUCAAACUCAACACGGUCUUGGUUCGACCUGUCGCAACUGACAACAAGUCUUUCUUUGUUCUGUCCAUGUCUGAAAACGGGGCUCAGAUCUACGAGCUGACGGCUCAGACGGUGUCCGAUCAGAGAACGUGGCAACAUCUGAUCACACAGUGUGCCGACGCCAUGAAGGCCAAACCCCACAGGAGGGAAACGCCUCCACCUCAGUCUGAUGCGGAGCGGGAUGCUAUUAAUAUCAUCAACAAUGGGAUGCCUAAACUGAGCAAAGAUGAGACGCCGAGUGAAAGUAUCCAUUCUGCAGAUAUAAGCAUCUCCGAUAAAGAGGCCACCUCUACUUCAGACAUUCAAGAUCCACCGGAGAGUCUGAACCCCUUCGAUGGGUUGAGAUCAGAAGAUGAAGAAGAGGAGCUGCCGAUGACAGACAGGCAGGAGGAAGAGGAGCAGAAUGGAGAGGUGGAUGAAGCGGAGCUAGAGGCCUUCCUGGACGGGCAGCUGGCAGAGAGACUGCUGCAGGAAGGAUCGCGGCUUGGCAUUGCCCUUGAAAAUGAAGAAGAGCACAAUGCUUUUGUCAUACCUUGCUCCAAAGCUGAAGAAGCUCUAAAGACACUGGCGAUGCUGAAGCAGGCAGUCUUCACACACAUGUUAAGCAGAGAUGCAGAGGAGGAAACGGAGGAGAGCAAGCUGAGUGGAGCCCGAGGGAGUCAGUCGAGUCCUUCUUUGCCUGAGAGCCCAGAGGGGCCCUCUGCUACCGGUGAUGAGAGCCAGGCAUCUGAAAGUUUGCAGAAAGAACACCUGCAGCCUCCACCUGAGGCUGCUGAACGUAAUGGUGGCUUUGUGGUCCUGGAUUUCCCCGGCUCUGAGGAAAGCAGCACUGAUGAUGACGUCGGAGUUGGGAGUGAUGUUGGGAUCGACAUGAGGAAACUGCUGUCUUCCUCCUCGCAGAUGGGAGGCGGAGGCCCCAACCUCAGUCGGCAGCUCAUGACCCACCUGCGCCUCCUACAGGCCGAUCUGCAGUAUCUUAAGGACAUAGAGAUGAAGUACAACGAACUGCAACAAACGCACGGCGACGCAGCCACAGACUCCGAUGACAACAACGAUGGGAUUCAGUGACGAAAGGCUUCCUGCUCUCUCGGCUGUCAGAGCCAAGUUUUAUGUUGCUGCGUGCACACCUUCCUCCACCUUUUACCACUGAAGGAUUAAUGUCUGAUCUCCUACUUCAAAGGACGGGGUCAUCGUCGCAGUCUGAAUUACUCCACUAUAAACUCUUUCACAAAGCAGGAGCAGAAGAGACAUAUCACUGAGUUUUUCAUGGACACUUUUUAGUAUAAUAAUAAUCACUGACUGCAUAAAUUAUCUGAAACACUGGAUAUAAUGAAUGGAAAAAGGCUAAGCCGACCAUCUGACGUCACAGACGUUCAGCAGACAAGAAGUGAGACAUUAUGACUGUGACCAGUACUGAAGGAAGAUUUUCCUCUUCAAAACUCAGUGUAAAAACCUGCAAUAGAAAAUAACCUCUACAUUAUAGAUAGAGUUGAUAUACAAGUGCCCAAUAAAAUGCCAAAAUGGAAGGCUAAAACACUCAUUCCAACCAUAAAAUUUACCCAGAAGGGAUUUAAUGCUGUUUUUAGCCAAGCUUUGCAUUAAAUGUUAAGCAGGUGACGGUCUGCUUUGGAUCAAAUAUCUAACAAAAACUCUGAAGCUCACAAAUUUACACCCUGAAUCAUUUUUUCAAUUACAAGCACAAAUAUAAUAAGGCGGUUUAAUACUGUGAUUUCUGUACAAAGACUCAUAGACUUACUUGCUCAGCAAUAAAAACCAGAUACUUUGAAGAUGAGUUUCACUUGAAAUGCAGACAAAACAGCCUCUUUUGUGGAAACUACAGGCAGCUGUGGCAGUCUGCUAUUGGCCAAAGCAAUCACACCGGUCACUUUGUUCCCUAGUGACGAGUGGUUGUCUUGGUAUUUUCUAUUUUAAUUUUAAAUUCUAAGACAUUAACAAAUAAGUGGGCUUUAGAGUUGGCGAUAGGUGUGUUUUCCUCCCUGCUUUUCAGUCUUAGCUAAGCUAAGCUAGCACACCUGACAGGUCUGGACUUUACGCACAGUAUAUGACGCUUGUAUUUGCUGAAUUAACACAAUUUCAGGAAGACCAAGAUGAUUCUCAUUAUUCUGAUUUUGGAGCAUCAGAAAAGCUAAAUAUGAAUUUGUUGUAAAUUUCCUUUUAUUGUGUUAGAUACUAUGUGUGUAGGUUGUUAACAAGUGACACCGGAUAAAAACAAAACAGUUUGACGUUCCUUUUAGCUCAGUUGAUCAAAUAAGUGCUAAUAUUGAACUUUAUGUGGGUUUAACUUUGACUUUGCAGCUGAGAUGCUCUCGGUUUAUGAGAUAAAUUGGACGAUUUAAAAGUUUUAAUUUCUCAUUGACUGUGGGAUACAUUCUAUAGUUACGAUUUGAUUCAUUAACACGAACGUCUCAUCUUAAGUAAGAAAAAAGGUGAAAAUCCCAGUUUCUUAUGAUGGCAGGUUGAUUUAGCUUUUUGUCUCAAGAAAACUAAAGGGUAAUUUCUUGAGAUAAUAAGAUGGUUUAUCUCAGAAGCAUUUUGUUUUGCUGUUAUUAUGUAAAGAUUAUAGGAAUACCCAAUAGCCCUUGCCUAUCUUGACUACUUAUGAAGUUAAAAAUGGGCAUAAUUACUAAAGUGGCAUGUGCUGCUUCAGCUGGGCUAAUCCUAAUAAUUAGAGGACAACAGGGACCUUUUAAAUUAUUUUUUUUAACGGGCUGGCACAGAGUGACCAAGAACAUGGCUUGGUGAGUCCAACUGGAAUCUAAAAAUUCAAUUAAAAUUAAUACAGUGAGAAGAAGUGGCAUAGAAAGCAGUAGGUACACUUUUCAAGCAUAUUCACAGUCCUGUGCCCUAAUACAGUAUUACUAAUAUUAUAGUAGAAUUAUAUGCAUGUGUGCAAGAGUUUAAAAUAUUUUUUGUAUUACAGCUGUUUUCACAGAAAAACAAGUAUCCAGACUUUAGUGUAAAAUAAAUCCUACAAAAGAAGUAGGCAGUUAAACAAGAAAUAAAAGUUUCUGCAUAAUAGUAUGACUCCCUAUGUAGUAUGACCUUUGAGUCUAAUAAAUGAUACUGUGUUGCUGGAUCAUAAUUCAUUAUAUUUAUAUACAGUGGUGUGAAAACGUGUUUACCUUCUUCCUGAUUUCUGAGUGUUUUGCAUAUUUCUGACAGUUAAAUGUUUCAGAUCAUCAAAGAAAUGUUUAUAUUAGAAAAAGAUAACCUGAGUAAAUACAAAAUGCUGUUUUUAAAAGAUGGUUUCAUUGAUUAAGGGAGAAAAGUUUUCCAAACCUACCUGGUCGUGUGUGAAAAAGUGAGAGUUCAGUUUCACCAAACAGUCAGGCCUGAUUACUAAGAGAGCUGUUGAAUCACUUAAAUAAAACCUGUCUGACAAAGUGACGCAGGCUAAAAGAUCUCAAAAAGCAACACAUCAUGCUACAAUCUAAAGAAACAGCAAAGUAGCAAAGUCACUGACAUCUAUCAGUCUGGAGAGGGAUAAGAAAGCCAUUUCUAAGGCUUUGGGACUCCAGUGAAACACAGUGGGAGCCAUUAUACCACAAAACAGUGGUGAACAACAUUAAAGAACCGCAGGCUUCACUUAUCUAAGUUAAUGUUAGAGAUCAUGAUUCAACAAUAAGAAAGAAACUGGCCAAAAAUGGCAUCCAUCCAAAGUCCUGACCCGAAUCCAAUUGAGAUGCUGGGGAAUGACCUUAAGUGGAUUCAUGCUGGAAAGCCCUCUCAAUAAGUGAGUGAAAAACAAGAAUUCUGCAAAGAUUAGUGGAAUAAAAUUCCUCUACAGCGCUGUAAAAGACUCAUUGCCAGUUACUGCAAACGCUUGAUUGCAGUUGUUGCUGCUAAGGGUGGCCCAACCAGUUAUUAGGUUUAGGGUAUUCACUUUUGGUUUGGUUUUCUCUCUUAAUAAUAAACAACUUUGUUUAGAAACUGAAUUUUGUGUUUAGUUGUUAUCUUUGUCUUAUAUUUAAAUUUGUUCGAUGAUCUGAAAUAUUUUAUCUGUUAAUAAUUUAAUUAUUUACUGCUGUGUAACAGUAUAGGAAUUGAAUUGAACCACUCCUAUCCAUGCUCUCAUCCAGUAACGCUGAACAUUGCAAGAUUUCCAGGGUGACUGAAUUGUGCGAUGACACCAGAAAGUAACAAUAACUUCAUUGAAGUGGGGAAGGGCAGUGACACCCCGUACCAAUCUUGGAUACGCCCAUGUAGGAAAGAGUUGAACAGAAAGCUGCAAAGCUAGGCUCAUUUUCUCGUAAUAACUAAAUAUACAACUUGUUCAUCUCAUUAGCAAACAAGUGUAAUUGCCUCAAGAUAAAUUACUAGAUAAACUGAUUUGUUCUCACAAGAUGGAAAAACCUUUUUAAUUAUGUGCAUGUCCGUUAUCAUCAUCUGUAUUCUUCUAAUUACUAUACGUUUGUCCCAUUGUCUCUGUAUGAUUUUUCAUAGAAAUGCAGUGCUGUAUAGCAGCUGACUUAAACAGUCACAGAUUUUAAACAACCGGAAGCACUUAAAUGUAGAAAAAAACAAACAAAACAAAAAAAUAAUGUCCCCAGUCUGCAGUCCAUGAGUUUUAUCCUUCUAUCAAAUAAACAAUAAAUCAAAAAACAAACAAAAAUCAUUCAAAAAUAAAAUGCAGAUGGACAAAAAACUCUUAAAAUAAUAAUUCAGAUGGUUGGUUGACUAGCCGAAGUGUACAUAGUAAACCAGUUUUGUCCAACCUGUGUUUUUAAUCUAUAAAAAUACAUUCACGCAGACAUCUGCGCUUCAUUUUUAAGGUUGGGCUGAAAAUAUAUUCACUGGCCACAAGACUGCGCCGUGGCUCCGGUUUGUGGAUAAAUAUGUUCAGGCAAAAAUGAUGACUGCUUUGGACUGCGUUCAAGGUAACGGCGUAUAUUGUACAAUGACUGCAUGUCAGUAAUUUUGUUCGUGCUUUUACUCGCACCUUUUUGUUUCACACCAUGCUGUCAUGUAAUGCUUUAACACAAACUGCUCAAAAAGAGGAGAAUUAAUCCAUUUUAUAAAUGUUAUUUUAAAUGUUAUAUUUUUUGUUACAUUGUUAUUAACUCUGUUAACAUGUUUAUGACACAAGAAGCUCAUUGUUUGUGAAAAUUAAGGAAAAGAUAAAUGGAAAUUUUUGUUUAAUUUUAGUUGAUCUUGAUGGGGAAGUGAGAUAACAGACUGUGUAAAAAAAAAAUACAGCUAAACUUUGCCCUGAAAAGUGAAGCGAAUGCUUAAGUGCCUUAAACUUGUUUUUGUUCAAAUGGCCAGCAGGGGGCAGUACAUCUGGUUACAAAAAGAAGUCCUGUUGUACAGAAGUCUAUGUGAAAAUGACCCUACUGCUGAUUGAGUAAACAGUUUUCAUGUGCAUCAAUGGAACAUGAUGUUUAGUUUGUAUUCCCUAUUAGGAUAAUAAAUCAGGGUUUAGGAUGCACCAGUCUUGUGAUUGACAGGUUGCUAUGGUAUCGGGAUACAGUUUGACUGGUUUCUCAAUCAGAUCCACUCUAUAGAGGAUACAAGAGGAGUAUAACAUCAGUUUGUAAGGACCCAUUAUGAAACCUCUGAUUUUAAAUUAUGGGUCUAAUCAUCUGGUGUUUUAGAGCUAGAAGGAAGGAGCAGUGGAGUGUAACCUGUCAUUUAAUGCUAGGUGACUUAACGUGGGACUCUACAGGAUUUGACCAAUUUAAAUGCAUCAAUAUAGAUGCCGUCUUUGAGUCUUGUAAAGUACAGUUUCACCUCUUCAUGCUGCUAAGAGCGAAUAAGUGCCGAAAACAGUUCAUCGAAUGUCUACUUAAGACACACUCUAGAGGCCGCUUCCCAUAUUAAAAUGCCCAACAUAAUAACUUAAUGGCAUUUAAAUGCAUGUUUUUAUUCUGAUAGAAAAGAAAACUAAAAACAAAACAGGCUUGGCCUCUGUAGAUAGUUUUCACAGGUGCUCUGACUUAUGAAACUUAACAGUUUUUAUGGUUUUGGCGCAUCUUUAUUAAAUGUAUGUAGUAUAUAAUAUUGCCUUCCUCUAUACCAGAGAAGGCAAUAUAAUAUACCACAUUCAUAUACAAGCUUGUGCUUCAGUUUUAGUGAAUGAAAUUUACUAUUACUAUUUCUAGUCUAGUAUGUAGUCAUCUACAGUGGCCUAGCAAAAAUAAAGAAAAAUAUUUAAAAAACAAAACAAAACAAAACAUCAGCCAUUAAAUAAACAUUAAAUAAAACACAAUGGAGAUGGAAAAAAAGAAAACAAAAAGGAAAACACUAACAUGAUGGAACAGCAGUGGAAAUGACAAGCUAACAGAAAACAUCUAAUAGCAAACAUGUAUCUACAGUAUUGAAUGAAGCUUGAUUAAAACACACAUUAUAUUGCAUGUUUUUCUUCCCCAAAACAACGUUCUGCAUCAGAUCUAUACUUUAUAAAGGUUGUCCCAAAGAACAAAGCUCAAACAAAGAUGUUUCAAACUCAUUCAGACUAAAUUAAAGGUAAAAAUGUGAAUGCUACAAUGAGGUGACUCUGUUAUGAUAUCAACCUGGUUUCAGUGCAGUUGUCCCCUUAGAAGAGAUUCUGAGUGAUCCAAAGGGAAGAGCGUCAAAGAACUGUUUGAUGAUUAUAAAACUGAGCUGUGAAUUAUAUAUGCUCUUUGUAGCCAUCAGAUCUCAACCUAACUGAACACUUUAAAACUUUAUUAAAACACUUUAUUUAUCAUUCUUUAUGCAGGUGCAGUCCCUGAAAAGUCCUCGGGAUGUGUGAAAGUAACAAAAAAGGAGACAAGAUGUCAGAAUUACCAAUUAAAUUAGUAUUUUUUUUAAUUAAAUAAUUCAACCAAAUAAAAACACAAUACAACCUAGAUGUUGGUCACUAAGCAGUAAUUCAAAAAAGCUACAUGAUCAGUGCCCUCCUUUAGCUGAACUCUACAUCCAGGAACAUUUCCAAAGCACGCGUGGUAGUUAAAAAACAACAAACUGUUUAACACAUUUUGUAAAAAUGGAAAAUAGCUGAGAUGUUCUACAAAGCACUCGCAUAUGUCACGCAGCGGGAUAAUUUGCUACUUUUUCCAAAUAGCAAGUAACAAUAACUCCAUUAUGAAACGGUGUAAAAAUCUCUGAGCAAACAAUCAGAAACAGACUUGAUGAGGGUGGACCGAGGGUCCAGCAUGCUUGAGUGGGCCCUGUGCUCACUGACUGGCACUGUGGACCCCGACUGGCAUUUGCCGUAGAAUACCAGAAUUGGCAGGUCCAUCACUGGCGCUCUGUGCAUAUAAACAUUAUACUGCCUGUAACAUCAGUCUGCACAGCCAGUUUGUUGGUAGGUCAAUGAAGGUCUGUGGCGGUAUAGCCGUGCAUCCAUCCAUGGAUAUAUCUCCAAACAACAAUGCCCUGCCUCAUGUGGCCAUGGUUUGCAGGCAGUUCCUGAAGGAUAAAGGAAUUGAUAUCACUGAAAAGCCCCCUACGCUUGCCUGACAUAAAUCUAACAGAUCACCUCUGGGCCAUUACAUUCUGGUCCAUCUGAUGCCACCAGGUUGCACCUCAGACGUUCCAGGAGCUCAGUGAUGCCCUGAUGUGGGAGGAGAUCUCCCAGCACACCAUCCGUCGUCUCAUUAGGAGCAUGGCCCGAAGUUGUCGACA